UGUAGUUGCUUUCACAGCUGAGCAGAAUUUGUGAAAAAUAAUAACUUCUAAAAUAUUUUGAGCUUUUAACACUUUAAACAUAAUACAUUUAUUAAAAUAAAUGGCUACUUUAGAAGACAAAUCUCUCUGGGAAGAUGGAGAGGAGGUUUUGGGUGAGGAUGUUUGGAGAAUGUCAACUGAUGAAGUUGUAUCUAGAACACGUUUAUUAGACAAUGAGAUCAAAAUUAUGAAAAGUGAAGUAAUGCGUAUUUCUCAUGAACUUCAGGCACAAAAUGAUAAAAUUAAAGAGAAUACAGAAAAAAUUAAAGUAAACAAGACAUUACCAUACUUAGUAUCUAAUGUUAUAGAAUUGUUAGAUGUUGAUCCUCAAGACAUGGGGGAAGAAGAUGGUGCAGUUGUUGAUUUAGAUGCACAAAGAAAAGGCAAAUGUGCAGUUAUUAAGACUUCCACUCGUCAAACAUAUUUCUUACCUGUAAUUGGAUUGGUUGAUGCAGAAGCAUUAAAGCCAGGUGAUUUGGUUGGUGUCAAUAAAGACAGCUAUCUUGUUCUUGAAACAUUACCUGCUGAAUAUGAUGCAAGAGUCAAGGCUAUGGAAGUAGAUGAAAGACCUACAGAACAAUAUUCAGAUAUUGGUGGCUUAGACAAACAAAUCCAAGAGUUAAUAGAAGCAGUUGUUUUACCUAUGACACAUAAGGAGAAAUUUGAGAAUCUUGGUAUUCAGCCUCCCAAAGGUGUGCUGUUGUAUGGGCCACCAGGUACUGGCAAAACCUUAUUAGCUAGAGCUUGUGCUGCACAAACAAAAUCCACUUUCUUGAAACUAGCAGGCCCACAACUUGUUCAAAUGUUUAUUGGAGAUGGUGCAAAGUUAGUAAGAGAUGCAUUUUCACUUGCAAAAGAGAAGGCACCCGCGAUUAUUUUCAUAGACGAAUUGGAUGCAAUUGGAACAAAAAGAUUUGAUUCUGAGAAAGCUGGUGACAGGGAAGUACAACGUACUAUGUUGGAAUUAUUGAAUCAAUUAGAUGGAUUUAGUUCAACUGCAAAUAUUAAAGUGAUAGCAGCUACAAACAGAGUAGACAUUUUAGAUCCAGCUUUGUUAAGAUCAGGUCGUUUGGAUAGAAAAAUAGAAUUCCCACAUCCAAAUGAGGAAGCUAGAGCACGUAUAAUGCAAAUUCAUUCACGAAAAAUGAACAUGUCUCUAGAUGUUAACUUCGAAGAAUUAUCAAGAUCUACUGAUGAUUUUAACGGCGCUCAAUGUAAAGCCGUUUGCGUUGAAGCGGGUAUGAUAGCAUUAAGGCGUAAUGCGACAGCAGUUACACAUGAAGAUUUAAUGGAAGCUAUUAAUGAAGUACAAGCAAAGAAAAAAGCUAAUCUUGACUAUUAUGCCUAAUAUGUUUUAUUCGGCGCUUUAUUUAUUAAGGUAUAUUCUAUAAUAAAUGAAAAUGAAGAGUGUAAUAAUUAUAUAAA